CAUUUGACUAAAACUACGGAAGCGUCUUUUAAUGGAGCUCUACAAAACUCGACUCGUAUGAUAAGUUUGAUUUUAAGACGACUUUUCAGACCACCAGGAACAACGUUUUAAGUCGGCAGUAGCUUAUUUCCCCUUCUACUGUUAUUCCAUGUAGCCAAAUAUCCCUGAAGUGGAAGCUAGUGCUUUAGUGUGAGGACGAGGCUACCGCUGCUCAGGCUAUGCUAGCUUUCAGGGUCACCACACCACGCAAAUAGUUCUUCAUGUAAAACAAAACUACAGCAAUCAUGGGGAACGGAAUGAACAAGGUUAUUGAUGGUCUCUACUUAGGAAAUAUAAGAGACUCAGAGAACCGAGAAAGUCUAUCUCAGAACGGUAUCACUCACAUCCUCUCUGUGUACAACAACGCCAAACCAGCACUAGAGGACAUGACGUACCUUUGCAUUCACGCAGCAGACGCCUCUAAUCAAAACUUGUUACAGCAUUUUAAAGAGUGCAUCCGCUUCAUCCACGAGUGUCGGCUUAACGGAGGGGCGUGUCUGGUUCACUGCCUAGCCGGAGUGUCGCGCAGUACCACCAUGGUGGUGGCCUACCUGAUGACCGUCACCACCUAUGGCUGGGAGGAGUGUUUGUCUGCGGUUAAGGCUGUGCGAUCGUUCGUGGGUCCUAACUGCGGGUUCCAGCAGCAGCUGCAGCAGUUCCAGAGGACGCAAGUUUCAGAGUAUCGUGCUUGGCUCCGGACCAGCUACAGACCCAGCCCGUUUAAAGACCAGGAGAAGGUUUCAGCUUUACUCGUCCUCUACGCAGAGCAGCAGGCGCAGGAGCGGCGGAGACGAGGAGACCAGGACUGGAUGAACCAAGCGUCUGGUGUUUACGCUGUGCCUUACAGCCGCUAUAAUAGAUGAGUGGUGUCCGUACCUGCACCAACAAAAGAGCUCCAGGCUCUUAAUGACUGCUGCUCACCUGUAUAAGAACAUACACUAAUCCUAACAGAGCUCAGCAAUAUCUCUUUCACUGCUCUUAGUUAAGACUUUUAGGUUAUUAUAAUUAUUAUGUCUGAGUUAAAACAUAGCCAAACCCAUGAAUGCAUCAUCAGUCCCCUUCCAGUUAGAAUGAGAAAAAAAAGGUGUGUAGUGGAGAGUGUGAUCACACUGAAUCACUCUUUCUUAGGAAAGCACCUACACUGAUUGCUCCAAUGAGGUCUACGGUCAUAAUCUUGUUUUCCUUUAAAAAAUAAAUAAACUAUAAUAAUAAUAAACUUUACCUCACUUUACCCA